AAAAACAACACUCGCAUGCUUUAUCAUAUUUUUAGAAGGCAAAAUCGUGAGCCACACAAAAAAUUGAACAAACAUGCUAGGUAGAUACGUUUUGAGACGGGAAGAUAACGUCCCAUACUUCAACCAGUCCGUAUUUUAAACGCCGGCGUCGGCGUCGGCUUCCACAAUGUGUAUAAAACAUACAAGUGGAUCCCAAAUGGCAAUACAUUUUUAAUUACCCACUGGACAUUGAGCAACCAAAUGACAUGGAUUUUUUCACGUCUCUGUUAUGCAUCUUUUUCACCUGGGCCUUGCUACUUCAGCCCCUCCUUUCCUUCGCAAGACGAAGCAAAAGCAUCACCGGCAAACUCCCGCCGGGACCGGCCCCCUUGCCGGUUGUCGGCAACCUCCUCAAGCUAGGAAGUAAGCCCCACAGGUCCCUAACCGACCUGUCCCGGCUCCAUGGACCCAUAAUGACCCUGCAACUGGGUCGCCUAACCACCAUAGUCAUUUCCAGCGCAGAAAUGGCCGAAGAAGUCCUCCACAAGCAAGACCUCACCUUCUCCAGCCGAACCAUCCCAGACGCUGUCCACGCCCUUCGCCACCACCAGGUCUCCAUGGUUUGGCUGCCGGUUUCGCCACGGUGGCGAAACCUCCGGAAAAUCUGCAACACCCACUUAUUCACCCCACAAAGACUCGACGCCACCCAGAGCCUCCGGCAGCAGAAGGUGGCGGAGCUGCUCGACGAGGUAGGUGAACGGUGCAGGGCUGGUAGGGGAGUGGAGAUAGCGCUGGUGGUUUUUAAGACUGCCCUCAAUUUCUUAUCCAACACGGUAUUUUCUGUGGACUUGGCGGAUUCGAAUAAUUCUGAUACUAUCCAAGAGUUCAAGGAGGAGAUGCGCAUGCUCGUAGACGAGGUCGCGAAGCCCAAUCUGGUGGACUAUUUUCCGGUGCUUAGAAAGAUAGAUCCGCAGGGUAUAAGGCGUCGGACGUCAGCUAAUUUUCAAAAGGUUAUUGGGGUGUUUGAUUCGAUGAUAGAGCAGCGGGUGCAGUUGAGGGAGAUGAAUGGUCGUGGGAGAAGCAACGAUAUGUUAGAUAUUCUUCUCAACAUCAGCGAAGAUGGAGGUAGUGAGGGGAUUGAUAGAACUGAUAUCCUACAUCUCCUACUGGACCUAUUUUUAGCGGGAACUGACACAACUUCAGCCACAAUAGAAUGGGCAAUGGCUGAGCUGCUUCAUAACCCCCUUAGGCUAUCCAAGGUCCAAGUGGAGCUCCGACAAAUCAUAAAAAAGGGCCACUUGAUGGAGGAAGCUGACAUAACUCGCCUCCCCUACUUGCAAGUAAUUGUGAAGGAGACCUUUCGUUUGCACCCAACGGCCCCACUAUUGCUCCCUCACAAGGCUCAAACUGAGGUAGACGUAUGUGGAUUCCAAGUCCCAAAGGGUGCACAAGUGCUGGUUAAUGUGUGGGCCAUUGGGAGAGACCCAAAAACAUGGGCCCGAUCCAACUCAUUUGAGCCUGAGAGGUUCUUGGGCUCCGACAUGGAUGUGAAGGGCCGGAAUUUUCAGCUCAUUCCAUUCGGUGCUGGCCGACGAAUAUGCCCAGGUUUACCACUUGGGAACAAGAUGAUUCACUUGAUGUUGGGAUCACUCCUUCAUGCUUUUGAUUGGAAGCUCGAGGAAGGAAUUGAACCAGAGGACAUGAUCAUGGAAGAUAAGUUUGGAAUUACAUUGCAGAUGGCUCAACCACUUCAUGCUUUUCCUGUUAGUGUGUAAGAUUAAAGGAUGAAAAUACUUUUAAAAAGGUUCUCAAUCCACAUCACAUUUGGAAUACACCAAUUACAAGAUGUUAUAUUAACGUUCGGAACCACUUUGUAAUGUGUGACCCUCAUUAUUCAGACUUACAUCAAAUUAUUCCUUGGGAAGA